GCUACAUAACCAUUAUUAUACUAAUAUUGUCAUCGCCGGUAUCUAUAGUUUGAAAAAACUCAAAGUAAUGUGUGUUUUCAAAAAAUAAAUGAACAUUAAUCGCGCGUAUUCAAUGUGAUUGUUCUGUCAAAAAUAAAAUUCAUACGAACAUUAUUUAUUAUGAUUUCGAAAAUCAAGUAAGCCCUAUUAUAUUUUUAAUUUAUAUACAUAUAUAUAUAUAAUAACUGCAUUUAUCUAUACAUUUUCGUAUUACUUUCGGAAAAGAGCGUAUUUAAUUUAGGCGUACAAAGAACGUGAACGUAAAGAGAAAAGUCGUUAGGGCCGUAUAUGUAUUUUUCAAUACCAAUUUUUACUUAGUAUUCGAUUGUGAACAAAUACCAACUAUAAUAGUAAAAUACACGAGUAUAACUAGACCCGAUCUUAUACUAUACAAGUGAAUUACGUAUGUAUAAAGCACAUUGGGUUCAAAAUAACGAUUAACUAUAUUAUUGAAAACGAAUAACACGAAUCGGAUAGGUAAUAUAAAAAAGUAUAAUACUAGGUACCGAACACAUUUCGUUAUUUUAACUUUUAAGUCAUAUUAAGUUAAUACGAAUUAAGUAAAUUUAAGGUUUACUUUAUUUCACCACGAGCUGUUAUUUGUAAUGACUAAUAUGAGUAAUAUACUUUUUCCAUAUUUUUCUCAGUUAUUCACAUUUGAUGAGAAAACUCUUAAGAAAAUCGAUUAAUGACCUAUUUAAAGAACCUUCCCACAUCGAUUUUAUUUUAGAAAAGGUGCUAAACUUUAAAAUCGGAGCAAAAUUUCUAGAAAAAAAGUUGUGUACAGAUAAAAAAUAAAAAUAAACAUCUUUGUAAAACCAUAAGCUUCUUCGCUCCACUCAGAGUCUAAAAUUAUAAAUAUUUAACUGUAUUGGUAAGUACCAAUAUAUUCAUAAUUUAUUAUUAUACUAGAUAAGCAAUUUUCUUAAUAAUUUAUCUCAAAAUAAAUAGUCAUUUUCACUUUAAGCUUUACAUACUACGCGUUCGAACGUAAUUAGAAUGUUGCGAUUUUAAAAACGCAAACGUGCCAUUUAAAAAAGAACUUCAGAGCCCCAGUAUUGUUAUUAAAUGUUAGUAAGGAGGGAGGAGUUGUGUGAGGCUAACCUCCCACGAGAUUUGCAUGAAGAUUUAUUUUGAUAACCUUCCCUUAAAACAUUCUUUGUUACGCCACUGCAUUUUUAUUUCGAUUUGUACUCCAUCCCAUAUUUUCCAAUUAAACAUCUUAUGAACAUCUAUAAUACAAGGCUAGGCCCAGAGAGGUGAACUAUCUUCCAUUUUUUUUGGAUAAUAUUUAAUCAUUAAUUUAUAACUGCAUAACGUUCAAAUUAUCCAACUAAUGUCAACAUUAAACAAUCGACUCUGGAUAAUGUUAAAUUUAACAAUUACAAACGUUUUUACUAACACUGUAUAGGUAUACUACACAAACCAUUUUAAAACUUUUUAUGAUUGCUCUAUAUAGGUACUAUACGUCUAAACCGCUAAAAUGCCCGGCUGUACUAAAUUAGUUGUUAUAUGUUAAUAAAUGUAUUGUUAAAUAUUUAUAUAAAUAUUUACAAAUGAUUGAUAAAUUGAAAUUUUAAUAUAUGUUAAAUUUACGAGUGUUGUUCAGUCAUUGUUUUGUAUUCAAGUUAUUACUAGAAUACUGGUUAAUGAAUAAAUAGUUAAGGGAUGUCCUCAACUUACCGUGUCGUCUCGUUUCGUGUGAAAUACUCUUUUCUGACUGGCUCAUAUUAUUAUAGUAUAUACAUUUUGAUCGUGUCUUCUAAGUCGUUAUCGCGGAUACCACAGAGUUGAAUAAAUUCAACUUUUGGACGUGCUGGUUAUAGCUGAUAACGUUAUUUUAGUGUUUUCAUAAAUAAUGUUACUUUAAUAAUAAAUUAAACUAGUAAUACAAUUUUCAAUAAUUUAAUUUAAAAUUAAAAUUAAAUGUAAAUUAAUAAUCAAUUUUAAUACUAGUUUAAAUUCAAUAUGAACUUUGUGAACGUAAUUAAUAUCUAAUGUUAUGUAAACGCAAAAUAAUACAAUUUUUUAGGGACAGAUAUGCACUUUAUGCAAAAAGUUUGUCGUAUUAAACAUUUUACACGACUGUACUUAUAAUAUUAAAUCACAAACUAGUACUAUUACGUAAAAUACCAAGUAAUUUUAUUGUAGGUUGUACAAUUGAUUUUAAAAUCAAUAGGUACCUACUAGUAGAACGUAACUAUUAAAAAUAGCAAUAUAUUAAUAACUAAAAUUAAGAAAAAUAAUUUUGGCGUUUUUAUUAUUAUUAUUAGUUAAUCGUAUAAUACAAGUAAAUUAUAUUAAUAAAGUCGAUACUGUUUAGAUAAUAAUUCAAUGGCGUCACCUUUUUUGACAGAAAAUAGUAUGAAUAAUAAAAAACCUGAAGUGUAGACGGUGAAAUAUUGAUGGCAAAAUAAUAAUAAAUAUUCAUAAGUACUAUAACAUAAUAAAUAUUAAUGAUAUUAAUAUAUUUUAAGAAAAAUAUGCAAUAACAAUUUGCUCAUUUUUGGGUGAUGGUAAAUUAAUAGUGAUAGUGAGAGAUAAUGUUGGUUGUUGAUAAAACGAUGGGUACAAAUUAUUUCGUGCAAUCAAAAAGGAACGACAUGGCGAGUUGAGGACAUCCCUUUACACUGUACCGGCAGAAGAAGUAGUGUAAAACAUUCAUAACGAAAUUAUACAUACAUUUUUAUAUGAUAUGACGAUAAAUGAGCCUAUAAUUUAACUCUUGAUAUAUUAAAUAUUAAAAUAUUUAAAGUAACUCGGCAAAAGAAUAUUAGAUAAUUUUUAACGUAAAUAAUUCCAAUGGACUUAAGUCUUGGUUUUGAUAUGUUUUUCAUGAUAUUAUUUAUAAUACAUCUCUCAGUAUUACAAAAUAGAUAAAAUAAAGUCACACAAUACAGUUUUAGUUAGUGUUUGUGUCUUAACGAGAUAGGUUUGUUAUUUAAGUAAAAAUAGAAUCUAAUGGUGGCAAAAAAUAAAUUGUUAAUUUAUUAAAAAAAUUAUUAUCUCGAAAAAAAAAAGAGAUAUCAAAUAGAGAUGGUCAAGAACAUAAAAGAUGUUUAUGCAAGGGCAAAUGUGACACUAUUAUUCAGUGAAACCUCUAUUAAUAGAUACCUCUUAAUAGUGGAAUAAUUACACAUAAAAAGACUACUUAUUUUUUUAAUUGUACAUUAAUAUUUAAUAUAUUUAUACCUACUUUUUAAUACAUAUACAUAUAUGUAUCAACAAAAACCCUCCGUAAACUUUGAAGUAUUUAUACUAGUUAUUAAACAAUGUUGUAGAUUGCCCAGAAUUAUUAGAGCUUUAAAGUUGUAAAAUUGAUUUACCUAAUGCAAGAUAUGAAUCUUUUUUUUAUUUACCCAUUACUUAAAAUCACUAUAUGGCUCUCUCUUACAUGAUUAUGUCAACAGCCAAUAAUAUUAAUAAUAUAGAUUUUCUUCACUUGUCAAUCAAUGUUCUCAAUAAUAUAUUUUAAUAUUCAAAUACCAUUUUAUGUUCUUCCUUUUAUAAUAUUUAUAUAUGUACCUAUUGUUUUUCUUAUAUUUUUAAAUGUAUCUUUCAUUUUAUACUAAAUUAUGUAAAUUGGAAUUUAUUCCGUAAUAAAGAUUAUUAUUAUUGUUAUAAUGAUUAAAAAUAAAAUAAUAAAUUAAAAACAAAAUUAUUAAAUAGUUAAUAAUCAAAACUAAAUAUAUAAAUUAAUUAAUUAAUGUGUCGCCUGGGGUAUUAUGGGAUUUGUAUUGUACAACAGUUUUCAAAUUAAAAAUUCAUCGUCAAGUAAUAUCAUAAAAUCAAAAAGUAAAACGCGACUGAAUAUGAAAAAAUAAAUGAAGGAAUACAUAACAAACAAAUUAUACAAAUUGAAAGUUUUACAUAGAAAUAAUUUAUUUUAAUAGGAGAGAUUAUUUAAAAUGAGUUAUUAUUAGACAUAAUUAGUUAUUUAUUAUCUAAAAUGUGUUGAUAUAAGAUAUUAUUUUUAAAAUAGAUUUGAGCAUUUAAAAUAUUAUAAAAAUUAUUUUUCUUUAUUUCAUUGUGUAUGUCUAAUUCUUCUAAAACUGAAUCAAUGUAAAUGUUAAUUUAGAUAUUUAAUAUUUCAAAGUCUGUAUUAAUAUCAAAACUUAUAUUAUGGUUAUUUUUUAAAACAUGUUUGGCGAAAUUUGAAUUAGGGGUAGUCUUUUUACAUUUUAUUUCAGAAAUGUGUUCUUUAUAUCUUAUUUUAAAAUUUCUAUUUGACUAACUUAUACAAAAUUUAUUACAGUUACAUUUAAGUUAUUUAUAUUCAUCAGCACUUUCAAAAAAAAGGGGGAUUUUUUGUGAUGUGUUCAGUUCUAUUGUUUAUAUGUUUGAUUAAGUUAUUAUUAGUCUAAAAAACAAUUUUUACAUUAUUUUAUAUUGUUGAAUACAUUAUUUAAUGAUUAGGAACAACAGAAAUCAAAUUCACUUUAAAAACUUAAAUAAUUGCUGGUUCAUGAUAAAAAAAAUGAUCUUAUUUAAUCUGUUUACGCAUAAUUUUACCACCUGUUAAUUAUUACAAAACCAAACAAUUAAAAAUUAUUGUUAAUAUUUUUUUGUAUUCCACGAACAUUUAACAAUAUUUGAAAUUAGACCGAUCAACGAUAGAUUUAUAUUGUUAUCUGUUUAUAAGUCAUUUGUUAAUGUGUCACAACUUACAGUACUUAUGUCACAAUUUUACAAGAUUACAAUAAUCUUUCGGUAAUUAAAUUCAAUAAAUUCGAAGUACCUACUCCGUUGAGAGAAUCUUUCACUCAUAGUUUUGUGAUCUAAAUUAUUUUUCUCUUUAAUUAUAUAGAUCAUAAUUAUUGUUGUAACUGGGUCCCAGCAUUGAAUUUUUGACCCCUGUACAGAAAGACCACUAUUAAAUUAUUUAAAUAUUACAAUUUAUUAUUAUCAUUUACAUAUUUUAUAAUAGAUACAUGUCUUAUAUUUUCGUGUUGAAUGUUUAUUAAAAAAUAUAUCUUUAAUAAUAUACAUAUUUUAUAUAAUAUAUAGGUACCAAGGUAUUUUUCUAAAAUGUAUUUAUUAUUAUGGGUAACUAAUUAUUUGCACAGAAUGCUCACUCCUUAAAUGCCUAGGAACAUGGAUCUUACUGACAACGUCUUUUUGGGGCCGUGCUUAAAAAAUAAAAAAACACUGUAAAAAUACUUAAAUAGAAGAAAAAAAGUUUAGGCCGACACUUUACCUACCUAAAUAGUAAAUUAUUUAAAAAUAAUUACUUACCUUGAUUAUAGUAUAGUUCAGUGUUUCUCAAAUUUUUUUUCCAUCGUGGCACAUUAUAAAUAAAGUUAUCAUACGUCACGACACAUUUUGGAAUCGUCUAUUCAACUGAUAUUUUUAGCCAUUUAAAUAACCUUCAUUCAAGAAUUGUAAACAUGAGAAGAUAUUAACAUUAAGUAGUAAACUAAAUUGUUUUUACCAAAAAUUUAACUUUGGAUAUCACACGUAAAAAAAAAACAAAUGUAAAUUUUUCCAUUAAUAUCAGGUAUUGAUCCAGAUGGAAAAGUAACUUCUGAUUUAAUUUUUAACCAUCUCAUAGUUUUAAAAGAAAAAAUGAAAAAAAUAUUAUUUUCCAUCUUUACCUGUUGACGAAUAUUAUUGGGAGCGCAAUUAUUUUGCAGUAACAUCAUAUUCUGUAUCCUGUAUAAGAUUAGUUGAUCAAGCCCAACUUAUUAAAAUCCAAUCUAAUCGUUUAUUAAUAUUAAAACGUAGUGAACUAACACUCAUCCAUUUUUGGAGUUUAAUUAAUAAUUACAGAAAAAACAAUAUAUAAAUCAAGACAUGAUCAUUUUCUAUUACAUAUCUAUGUAUAUAAUUUUCGAGUAAAUUAUAUUAUAAAUUACUUUGAAAUAUAUAUAAAUUAAAAUCGAUAAUUUUUUUUUAGUUCGGAUACAUAAUAUGAUAUUUAAUAUGACAAUAUUUUAAAAUUCAAUAGCUUCCUCCAUGGCAAAAUCCUAAAAUACGCCUCUGUAAGAUGGACACCUAUACCUAUAAUUCUAAGUUCAUGAAUAAUAUAUUAUGUUGUUUUGUUACAGAUAAUAAUAUUAUAUUUUGACAACUAAUUGGAGAAUAUUAAAAGAAAAAAAAAAUAACAAUAAACUUUAGAAAUGUUUAAGUCGGGCACGCACAGACAAGUAUUUGCCACCGUGGCCGGUGAGUUGAAAAUGUUAUAAACUUAUAAGUAUAAUAAAAUCGUACACAUAACGUGAAUUUGUUUUGAAUCGCAAUUGAGUUGUAAAGUGAAAUAUCAUGACAAUUAUAAAUAAAUACAAAUUAUGAAUUAUUAACAUAAUAUGUUACCACCCGUAUUUAAGAGCUCAUUUAUUGACAAUUUUCUUAAAACUGUUGAUAAAAUUAAAUAUUAUCCACUCAAAAAUAUUCAAAUUUACUUUCAAAGAUAUUUACAAAUAGAUCCAUGUUUUUAUCACAAGUAUAUUUAUUGUACAAUCGUGAAUUGAACAAAAAAUGUUUAUAAAACACAAUUUUGCGUAAACUAAAACUACUCAGACUUAAUUCAGAGACCAAAUUUUCACCAUAAGAAAAUAGAAUUUGCACUGUGCAACGCUAGUUUUAGUUUUUUAGCAUAACUAAUAUACGAAAUAAAUGUAUUAUUUAAGUUUUAAAUAAUUAAAACUAUACAAUUUUAGAAUAAUAACUUUUUUUUAUUUUCGGUAUCGAAAAACUAAAACAAAUUUGCACAUCAGUGCAAGUUCUCCUUUUUUUAUGGUAUGAUUUGGUUUCUCAAUUAGGUCUUCAUGAUGGAACACGGAAUACUUUAUACAGCCUGGGUAGUUUCACCCUCGCAAAAUACUUGUAGAUAUCAUGUAGGUAUCAUAUUGUAGUUCGUAGGCCAAAAAUAAUAAACAACAUUUUGAAAUAAUUUCGUACAAUAGUGUCCACGAAAGAAUAUUUUUUUUUUUUUAAAAAGUGUACCAUGUUUUCGGGUCGGUAACCAUGGCAAGAUUUCCUAUGGAAACGCACGUUUUGAUUUUUGGCAGACUCAUCUCAUUACGUGAGAACCAAAGCUGGUCUCCACGGUUUUUCGACCUAACCCCCUGUGACUUUUUUCAUGGUAUUAAGUUAACGAACAAGAAAUCCAAAGAGUGAUAGGAGAACUGGAUAGCGAAAUAUUUUAGCGCAUCAUCACAAAUUGCAUGGACAGAUCAAUCGUAGGGCCAACAGGAAGGAGGGCAUAUUGUGUUCCAUGCGUUAACUUCGGGAUCUUCUGAGUACAACCAUAGACGAUUUUUUAAAUUCUGACCAAAAAUAAAAAAGUAAUGCUUUUUUUCAAAACAAAAUGUUUUUUCGUGGACACCCUUUAUUAUGAAAUUUUCUAUUUUUUUUUUUUUUUUGAAAUUGUUUAUCCAUUUAGUUAUAUUUCUUUUGUUAGCUACAUUAUAUUACAAUAAUGGAUACAUAGUUACAAUAAAUAAGUAUUUAUUUUACACAUGAUUAACAUUCUAAUAAUAUUUAUGUUUUAUAAAUUAUAAGUAAUAUUCCCUAAAAACGUAAUUAAAUGACAUUUCUAGGAAAAAUCCGAUGGUCUUUUAGAUUCUGAGUGGGUGCGAAGAAGCUUAUGGUUCUACAAAGUUGUAUACAUAUAUAUUUGUUUAAUAUGUGCGCAACUUUUCUACCAGAAAUCUUGCUCCGAUUUUAAAGCAUAGCAACUUUUUUAAAGAAAAUCGGACUGGGAAGGUACUUUAGGGAGGUAAUUUAUCGAUUUUCCCAGUAGUUUUCUUAAAAAGUGUGAAAAACCGAAAAUAAACUGAGGAAAAACGGAAAAUGUACGAAAUCUUGGUAAAGAUAUUACAGCCUUCUUAUUCCUGCGAACAACUUUUCUAUCAGUAAUUUUUCUCCGAUUUACAAUGAUAACACUUUUUCUGAAAAGAAAUCUGACUGGGAAGGUACUUAAAUGGUUAAAGGGUCUUUUUUUUCUUUUCCCUAAUGUUUUCCCAGGAAAUGUGGGAAACCGGGAUAAACGUAGGAAAAACGGAAAAAUCAAUACAUUAGACAAAUUAGAUUAAAGAAAAUAUACCUAUAAUGCCUAUUUACUUAUUUUACCAUAAUAUGGCAUAUAUAUUGUUGACAAAGCAACACUAUCAACUGAACUCCGCUCAGAAUGGUUUUUUCGUUAACACCUGUCCCUAUUAUCCUAGGAUAUCUUUUAUUGUUAUCUAUUUAUUAUGCUGGCGUCGGACGGCUAGCCCUUAGCAACGUUGGCCAUGCCGUGGGGGAGGAGCCUGCUAUGACGUCGUCGAAACCGCGAUCUGUAUACCAGGAUCCCAUGCCAUAGAUGUCUAUUGCGGCACUGACGUUAGCAUCUGCCUCUUGUAGACUACGGGAAAAUCAAAAAAUAAUUUCGUCAAUACACCAACUAGAUGAAAUUAUUUUCCGGAAAAAUAUGAAUCUUGAAAUUUGGUAAAAACCGGGGGGGGGGGAGGGAACGAAAAGAAAAGGGAACAAAUCUACGGCGGCGUAGAUUGUUUUUAAUUUUUUUCGAUUUUUGUUUUUUUUUCAAAAAUGUUAAUCCAAAUUUCAAGAGUCGCGAAUAUUCUGAAUGCAAAUUUUAUCUAGUUGGUGCAUUGAGGAAAUAUUAUUUUUUGAUUAUUUUUAUAAGUCUACGCAUUGCAGUUGCUAUCGCCACCGACUAUGGGCCACCGAAACUUGUCAUGGGAUCCUGGUACACAGAUCGCGGUUUUGACGACGUCGUCACCGCAUGCUCCUCCCCACGGCGUGGCCAACGCUGCUAUCAAAGACUAGACAAAUUUUCCUUUAAGAUGUAAUUCUUGAAAUUUAGAGGAAGAUUUCUUGUAUAAAACUAAAGUUCAAAAUUCAAAUAAUGGAAUCGGUAACGCCUAGGCAUGCAGUUAAUAUUUGACUGGUUUUCCAAAUUAUUAUGGAAACUACCUAAAAGAUCGAAAAAUGUCCUACUUAACAUACCAACUAAAUCCAAAAUGCAACAAAAAAAGGUCUUUUAUCAUUUUUUGUUAGUUAUUAAAAAUAAAAAGAACGGACAUACUUCGCUUUAUGGGUGGGUCACUGUUAUAGGUAAGAAGUUAGGAAGGUAGAAUAUAGAAGGAAAUUUAAUGUAUAUCUGUAUGCAACGAUUAAUCAUUGCUAAUGAAAAAAAGAUUCUGAGCAGAGUUGAGUUGAUGGAAUAGAAUAAAGACGUAUAAAAUAAAGAAUAAAAUUCAAAACAAAUAUAAUACACUUUACUCAAUUUUUUUUUUUUUACCACUUAGUAUGACUUUAAUACAUCUCCUGUCAAAUUUUCAAGCAUUUCUGUUUAGUCUAACAGUUGUAUCCACAGAGUACCUACCAAAUAAAAAGUCACAUAAAAACUCGCUAAAUUAAAAUGCCUAAAAAUAUAUUCAAAUGUGUUAAAAAUUUUACCACGUCUAAAAAAAAAAAAAUUUCUGUCAAAAUGUCAAGUUUCUACGAAUAUUUUUGAUCAAAUGACAUUAAAAAAACAAAAUUUAAAAUAAUAAAGGAAUCACUUUUAUUAAUUUUUUCAUACUUUCUGCGUAUUUUUCAGUUUUACUGAAUUAUUAAAAAAACUACAAAGAAAAUCAAAAAACGACUUUCUUGAUCACCGACUAGAUUAAUAAUACAACAAAAAAGGUCUUUUUUUCUAUUGGAGCAAUUUUUUUUUGUAAAAAACAUAAGUUGUAAAUGUUUUAAAUAAUGAAAUAGUUGUGCCGUAAUUUGAAAAAAAAAAUCGUCAUUUUCGUUUUUUCCAAUUAUUUUAAAAAAUACUUUAAAUAUCUAAAAACAAUAAACACAAGUAGCACCGCGGAACCCCUUAAAUAUUUGUAGUUUUACCUAUAAUUUUCUUUCGGUUUUUCCCAAUUAUUUCAUAAACCCCUUAGACAAUUUUAGCAUCCCUAAAGUUAAUGGUCCAGUUGCAUUUAUGUCUAUUGUACUUAUACAGCUAGUAGACGUAGUUGAUUUUGUUAUACCAAAAAAAUCUAAAAUCGUAAUUUUAAAGCAUUCAAACGAUUUUCGUCAAGAUUUGUUAUUAAAAUUCCAUUAUAAAAAAAAAUAUUACAUUAAAUUCAAUUUUUUGACUACAAAGUAAGACUCUUAAUGAACCUCCUGUUAAAUUAUUAAGCAUUUCUGUGCAAGUCCAACAAUUUUACCACAGAGUACCUUCCGAAUAGAAAUGCCGAACAAAACUCGCAAAAUUAAAAUGUCUAUAAAUAGCCCAAAAAUAGCUUACAUUUUUCGAAAAUUUUACAACUUCAAGAAAAGAAAUAUAAGAUUUCUGACCAAAUUUUAAGUCCAUUGAGUCGACAUAAAAAUUUUUAACUGACUUUCAACAAAAAUAUUAACAUUUUUAUAAAAAGCCUUAAAAUGACUGAAUUACUGAAUUACAACAAAUAACAAAAUUUAAAAAUAAUAAAAGCAUUAUUUUCCUAAAUUUCCGUUUUUCUUACGUUUUAUCCUGGAUUUACCAGGUAUUAUGAAAAUCGCUAGAAAAAUCAAAAACGACCUCCCAGAAGUAACAUCUGGACGACAUUCCUUUUCAGAAAUGGUGCCGUGCGUAUAUAUCUGAGCAAGAUUUCUGGUAGAAUUUUUGUACACAUGAUAAAAAAAAUAAACAUCUUAGUAAAACCAAUACAUUCUUCGUACUCAGAAUUCUACACUCAGAAUCUAAAAUAAUAACAAUAUAACGAACCCAUCAAAUAUUAAUUGCAGGCUCCUUAUUACCGUGGUAUUAUCAAUAUUAUUAUUAGUAAUAAAAUAUUAAUAGAAAAUAAAAAACAUAUUACAUAACAUUAAGAUCAUAGAUUAAUUACUUAUAAUAAUAUAUUGUAUGAAAUAGGAUAGACCGAUUUAAUAGUUGUUACAAAAGACGUAGUGUCCAGAUUAAAUUAUAGAAUUAUAAUAAUAUACCUAGCUAUAAAUUAAAACGAUGUAACGAUUACACUAAAUGAAUUUUAAGGUAUGGUGAAAAAUACUUAUCGGUUAUUUGUGUCGUCGACAAUUAAAAUUUAAAACCAGUUAAAUUUUUAACGUAGUUGUAAUUCAAUAAUAUCCAAGAUAUGUUUACGAAUUUUUCGUAUACGAGUACAUAUUAUUAUUAUACUUUAUACGUUAUACCUAUUAAUUAUGAUUGACGACAUAAUUGCACAAACCACGACAAUGAAAUAUUACAAAAAAACAAAUUCGAGUAUUGUGAAUAAUUUAUCGUAAUAUAACCAAUACACAAUACAUAUAGACGUAAAUAAAGGGGACUUAGGAGAGCUUAUUCUACCCUGAGCCAUCGCAAGCCCUACCUAAAAUAUUUGAAGUAAUUUAGUAAUUUUUUCUUUAAUAUUAGGUUUAUUAACAUCUGUAUUUUUAUUCUCUUAUUUUUAAAACGUAAAGUUAAAAAAAAAUUAUUGUAGCUUUGUAAGAGAAUAUAAUACAUUAUACAUAAUAAUAUAAAACAAUAUAUUUUAUAAUACUUAUAAUAGUGUACCUACUACUAAUAAUGAAUUUUAUAAAAUAACGAAUUUAUGUAAACCACAUUAUAACUGCAUGUAUAACGAAAAAAAAUUCGGGGGUGGCGCACGUGACCCCAGUUCCCCUCCCUUUCUACAGUACUGCCUACGCCUAAACAUAUUAAUAAUGAUCAUUUUUUUUCUAAUCCCAAAAUGACCAAAUCGAUGUUUAGUUAAUUUCCAACAACAAUAUUAAUGUAUCAAUAAUCAAACAACAGUAAUUGUUGUUUUCAAAUUAAACGUGUCUAAGUAGAGAUUAUAAUAUCAAUAAUUUUCGCGCGAAUAUUGUUAUCAGACUGCUCUAUAGUUAUUGGUUAUCUGCAACUCUACAAGGUUACGUUUCUAGCUACGUUGAUAUGUCAAUUCCCAACUCCCAGUAUCACUAAAAUGUACUUGAUGAAAAUCAAGAUUAAAGAUAUUAUUUAUAGCCGUGAAGAAAAUUUUAAAAAAGUAAACCUAGGCUUAACUGUCAAAAUUUCUUAACCGAUUACUGUUUAUAAAUUACCUCAUUAAAUAGUAAAUUUCAAAAAACUGCCUCGCAGACCGCAGGGGAAGCCAUGGCAUACCUGUCAUCCGCCCUGCGCACGCUUAUGCAAUUGUAUUGCCAAUAGGCAUAAGCGGAAAUUUGGAAACAUUACUAGGGGGACUGAACAAUUUAACCAUAGUAAGUACAAAAACAAUUUGGUGCCUUAUCUUAAAUAUUUUUAAAAUAUUCUAAACAAAAAUUAUUAGGCAUUAAAUUAAUUCAAUUAUAACCAAUUUAAUACCUGUUCAAACAAAAAAUACCAACUGUACAAUAUAAUAAAUAUAUUUUUUUGUAAUGCAUUUUAAUUUAACAAUUAUUUAAAAUAAUUAUAACAGUUUUUAUAAAUUUAGGCCUUAUAUAAUUUUGAGGGCCAGGGAAACUAAGAACUUUAAAAGAACAUUAAAUUUAAGGAGGGGGCUUAGUCCUCUCAAGCGCCCCUCCGAUUUCCACCUAUGCCAAUUGGGUAAAAGUGGUAAUUGACAUUUAUUUUGUAAUCGAUAUUAUUUUAUAAAUAGUCUUGUUUUGACGUAUUGCAGAUGUAUACAAAAUCUCUGAACAAAAUAUGUAUGGAGAUAAUUAAUUGAUUAAGGAUGUUAUAGUUCUGAUAACAUCGAUUACUAUUUAUUGUUAUUUUCUGUGGAUGAAGCAUAAAGAUUUUAUUACAGUAAUUUGUUCGUUUCAAAACAUCUUCUUGAUGAAUUUUAAAUAUUUCAUCUUUAUCUAUUAACCUCUUUCAUUAUUUACAAUCGAUAAUUCUUGUUAUUAUAUUUUAGUGCACAUUAAAUUGCCUGUAGGAAUGUUAAUUUUACUAACGUUUAUUAUUUUUUCUUUCGUUUGUUGGUCUAUUAUCACCGAGUAGGGUACACGGUUUACUUGUUUGAAAAAUCAUUUUUUUUUUGUAUUGUUUAUAUGUGUAUACCUAUGUUUAACAAUGUACUAAACGUUUAAUUAUUGUUAAUACUCGCAACAUAUAAUGCAACUUUAAUAAAACAUAAUUACUCGGUGCUAAACAAAAUUAUAUUGGCAUAGGUUCUACAAAUAGGUAAUGCAAUCUAGAUUAGACAAUUAUCAUUAUUAUGACGGAGACAAACGCAUUAUUGCGUCAAAUAUUUACGCGGUAAACGAUUUGUUAUAAUAUUAUUAUACCUAGUACGAUGUCUGAAAAUAAAUUGAAUAUUUAUCAAUACAAAUAAUGCAUGUGAAUAGUAAAUUUACAAUUUGUAAAUAAUGAUUAAAAAUAAUUAUCAUAAACCAAUUAUUUACUACUUUUAUCGGUUAAAUAAAUUAAUAGGUACGGGUACCACACUAUGAAUUCUUAACGUUGGUACACUAUGUUAUAAUUAUUACAAACUUAGUAAAUAAAUUCGCAUUAAAAUAGGUACCUACCUACCGAUUAUAAAGUAGGUAUUCAUUAAAUUCAGUUUUAAAAACUGCUGGAGCCGUUGUAUAGUUUAGUACAAAAGCAUACGUCACGGGGAAAAUCUCACGCCUCGUAGAAUAAUUACUUUUUUUUUUAAUAUGACUUUCAAAAUUAAAAUUCCUAAAAACUAAGGAAUUAUUGAAAUUGCAACAUUUUACGAGACGUUAGUUUUUCUCGUCAAGUAAUUGUCAUCUAUAAAAAGUCCAGGGCAGUGGCGUGGAAGUAGUUUAAAUAUACUUGGGCAAACGAGGCAAUACUGUAUAUUGGUCUUCUUUGGGUGUAAUAAUAUAUCACAUUACUCAUAGUUCUAUUUGUUAUAGUGAUAUGCUCUAUAAAUACUACUCAUACUAUGUAUAUUUCUCACUACUAGCACUACCCACCACCAAAAAACUUGGUCGGGUGGCCGCCCAACCUAUACCUACCUCAAGUUCGGCGCCACUGGUCUAGGGAAUAAAAACGUGUAGGAAAAUUUCGAUUGUUUUUCAUGUACGAAAACAUUUUGAGUUUUCAAAACAUUUUCAAAAACUCUUUGGUAAAAACGAUUCUAUUACAUUCCCCUAAAUGGAUUUAUUUAGGUGAUUGUUAAAAUGUUAAAAAUAAUUAUCAAAUUUUACAAAAUUGAAGGUAAUUGGAAAAACCGGCUCCAACAGCCUAGCAUAUUAUUUUAUUGAAAUUAUUUAAAUUAAAAAUAACUAUUUAGUAAAAAUAUCGAAGUAGGAUUCUAAGUAAAAUUCCCACUUGAAUUUGUUUAGUUUUGAUAAUUCGUAUUAUUUUAAAUGUUUUAUCGUUACAGCCUCCAUGUCCAUAUUCAUCAGUGGCAUGUGGUUAGGAUGGCCCAGCUCGGUAGGCGAAAAAUUCGCAAAGCACCAGACCGAUGUAGAAGUGACCUAUGACGAGUUGUCGUGGAUAGUGUGCUUGAUGGACUUGGGAAACUUUAUCAGUCCAGUGUUCGCGGGAUACAUGAUGGACACACUGGGUAGAAAACUGAGCAUCGUCGUCCUCGGGCCUCUGUUCAUCGUUUCUUGGUUGUUGACACUGUACGUACCGUCCAUUUGGGCUCUAUACGGGGCCAGAUUAAUGGCGGGUAUUGGCAAGGGCAUGUCGUAUACGGUGGUGCCGGUGUUCCUGGGCGAAAUUGCGGGCGUCAAAAUUCGCGGAGCGCUGGGCAGCGUGUUUACCAUACAGCUCAGCAGCGGUUUCCUGUUCGAAGUGAUAGUCGGACCAUUUCUGACGUACAGGACGUUGAACAAGGUGUCAGCUGUCAUGCCAGUGCUGUUCUUCCUCAUGUUUCUCUGGAUGCCUGAAUCGCCGUAUUACCUGUUGAAAAAGGGCCGUGAGGCGAAAGCGGCAAAGUGCCUGCAGUGGUACAGGUGCGACUCAGAGAUCACCUCCGAACUACACCAAAUGGAUGUCAACGUCCAGAAAGAAAUGGAAAACCAAGCGACAUUCUACGAGCUCUUCACCAACCGAAAAAAUUUCAAAGCGCUCAUGGUCGUGGUAACGGCGUGCAUAGCACAGCGGGCGGGCGGAAUCAGCUGUCUACUGGCCUAUUCACCGUUGUUUCUUCCCGAACCGGCUCCAAUUAUUGGCAAAUUUGAAUACAUCAUGAUUUUUGCCACCAUGUUAGUCGUAGUCAACUUCAUUGGGCUGGCCCUGGUGGACAAGGUGGGCAGAAAGCCGCUGUUGAUAUUUUCAGAGGUGUCCUCUGGACUGAUAACGUUCACCUUCGGAGUCUACUAUUUCCUGAAAGACCACGCGGGCCUCACUUCGUUCACGUGGUUACCGUACUUGUGUCACUUUUCAUUCGCCAUAGCGUUGGCUAUCGGCGUCGGAUUCAUACCGGUUGUGUUUCUGGGAGAAAUGUUUCCAGUGAACGUUCGUUCGCAUUGUUCAGCAAUUGCUUCCAUUACGAUGGCAUUGGCUUCAUUCGUGUCCAACAAGAUAUUCUUGGUCAUCUCCAGGACUUAUGGGUAUUACACAAUGUUUUGGGGUUUUACGGUUGUUAACUUUAUCUGCGCGUAUUUCGCAUAUCGUUACGCAGUUGAGACAACCGGUAAAACGUUCCAGGAGAUUCAAGAUAUUUUGGAGGAGUCUGUAAAAAACGACGACCGACAAAAAUCGAAAGCAAAACAAAACGACGAAGUGAAAACUAUAUGUUGCAUGAAACAACUCUAGUCAGAAAAAGCAAUAUUUGGGUUGUAUUUAAAAUUUAUUGAACCACGAAAACUGAUCAAAUUUGCUGGGCAUACUGAAUAUAUAUUUGUAAAAUAUACCUACCUAAUUCAAUUAAUAUGUAUUAUCUAUGGUCGAAGACCAUUUGUCAAAACGAACUUAUGAAGUUUCAGUACCUGUGCAGUACUUCCUAUAUGAGAGUCCUUAUAAUAUAAUACAACCAAUUACGAAUAUAAAGACUCAUCAUUCAAGGCACUAUAAAAUCCAUGAUUUAUAGCUAAUCCAUUUUUGUAAAAUGUAUAGAAUCCAACUCAAUAUGUAUGUAUUAUAGCAGUUCCGAGAUCUACAUAAAUUAUCAACCAAAAUUACUGUUCUAUACUAAAGUUUUAAAUUCACUAGGCAACCAUAAACAGAACAAAUAGUUUUUUUUAUUUAUUUUCUUGAAGAUUACACUUGUUAAUAUUAAUUCUCUUCACUGUGUCUUUAUUUAAACACUAUAGUUAAAUUACUGUGGCUAUCAUCUUAUAAUGUUUUUAGGAAGUUGGUGUUUUUGUAUUUUUAUUGUAAACUAUUACAAAUGUUAACCAUUAAUUUGUUAUUUUUAAAUAAUCAUUGGACUGUGAAAGGAUAAAUUAAAAUUAAUUUUUCACAUUUAUGUUUAUAAUAUUGGUUAACUUGAUCAUAAUGUGUUAUAUUGCACAUAAGUGAAAUAAGUUAAAUGUAUUUCAAUCAUUCCAGAAAAAUGAUUUUAUGAUAAAUUCUAUACACCUAUCCUAUAGACAAUAUUCCUCCAAACAAAACUUUUAAGUUAUUAAUUUGCAUUCAAUUUGAUAAACUUAUAAUUUUUAAUGUACCAAACAAUUUUUGGUAAUAAAAUUAAGUAUCUACUUGUAUAAUAUUACAUUUAAAUCAUAAAACAAAUAAAACAAUUUCGAACAUUCUCCAAAGUUUAAACAUUGAAUGUGUUUAAGUAUAGAGUAAAACAACAGAAUGUAGGUAUCUAUUGUAUCCAAGAUUGAAUAACUUUAAAUCUAACUAAGGAAAUAAAUAUAGUUCUAAAACGUUCUUAUUAGCUAAGUUCUUAAAAUUUCCAGAAAUAAAUGUUAAAAUUAAAAAUGAUUUAUCUAUUAUGUAUAAAAGUGUAAAUCAAGUGUAGAUCAGACUCAAAAAUUACAAAUAGAUCAAAAUUAUCAUGUACAUAUUGAAGAGGAAGAUUGUAAAUAUUACAUUUGUGGUGUAUCAGGUUUCAAGACCUUUAAUAUGUCACAGGUUUGCAUCUUUUUUCAGUAUUUAAGGAAGAAGUAACAGUUAAAACAUAUUUUUAAUUUAAAACAAUACUAGGAAUCAUGCCUGUGCCUGGACUAGUUUUAAAAGUCAUAAUAUCUAGCUUAUUUAGAAUAUCAGUAGUAUUUAAAAUGCACAAAAAUAAAUUAGAAUCUGAGCAAUUUGUUAUAAGAUUAAUUGUGAACAAUUAUGUGUCGAUGAACUCAUCAUCAAAGCAGUUUACCAUAAUAUUUAUAUGUAUUUUUAAUAAUACAAUAAAUCAAACUUUUAUAACACUAAAAUUGACCAAAUUAUAGCAAUUUAAAUUUGUAUUAUAUAAUAUUUAGUAUUUCUCAUACUAGAUAACAUAAAAUUAAAUUAUAUACUUUAAUUAAUAAAAAAAAAUUGAUUAUACAUAGUAAAUCAUGUAUAAGUAUAUUAUUAUUUAUUACUCAAUAAAGUUAUCAUAUGUUUUCAUCACACAAUCCAUAGAGUUCACUAAAGUAAACUGUUAAAGAAUUGUACCUUGAGUUAAGCAUGUUCUGUUGUACUUCAACAUAACCAUCAUCAGCUAAUUUUAAACACUAAUAAAAAAAAAAAAAUCACUAUUAAUAUUAUUAUGUUAUAAAUAAGUAUAGUAAUAAAAAUGUUUAAUACAUCAAAAAUGUUGGUAUUUUUUGGUAAAUGUAUUGCAAUAUUUGAUGUGAUUUUUCGAGCCAAACAUAACAUAUGUUCUCCACCACCAUUACUAGGCAUUAUAUCUGAAAAUUUAUACUCUUCGAGGUUCAUGAAAUCAAGUCCACCCCAUGGUGGCGACAAAAAUACAACAUCAGCUUUAAGAGUUGGUGCUAAAGCAAAGUAAUCGCCAAUAAUGAAUUCAAUUCGAUCGGCAACACCAUACAAUUCUGCAUUAUGUCUGGCCAUUUCAACUUUUUUUGGAUCAUUAUCAAUAGCUAUAACUAAAAACAAAACAUUAAUUUAAAUAAACUAAAAUAUAAAUUUAAUAACUAACCACUGUUAUUUUAAGACAUACCAAGCUCACACGUUUUAGCAAAUUGAAUGAUAUUACCUCCAGCUCCACAAAAUGGAUCAACAAUUAAAUAGCAACUACAACGUUCAGCUAUAUGACUGCUAAUUAUUUCAGGAGUGACAGAAUACCAACUCUCU